AGUUUCAUGGAUGUUGUCGGACGUGAGAUUGCAAAUACCCCUCCUGUGACGACUGCGUAUAUUGCAACAUGCAUUUUCCUCACAGUGGCCGUUUCUCACCCAGCUUGUGAGCCAGUUACUUUGCUGUUUGUGAUGACUUUGGUUACAAUGUACUUUUUUGAAGAAACAGUCUACUUUCACUCCCAGGCUCUAGAACUGGCCAUUUUGCUCGCCCUGCACCACACUCAGCGGCAGUUUCUGUACGCCGAGUUCAGUCACAACCUUAAACACGUCGAAGUCUGUUUUCAAACCCCGAAAACUGUCUACUUAGCCACCUUCAAUGUUCGAACACUGAAGCAAGCAGGUCAACAGGUGGCUCUUGCGCGUACGCUGGAUUCCCUCUGUAUUGAUGUAUGUUGUCUGUCAGAAACAAGGACGCAGGACGCAAGUACUGUGAUCGAACUGACUGCCCCCUCGCUCUCCUCUAGGUUUCGGCUGCGCACCUCGGGUGAUGCAGAGGCCGCUGCAGCUGGAUAUGCUGUGGUGGGUGUGCGCAAAACGCGCACAGUUCGCGUAGCCAUUGAGAAGCUAGUUGACCGAGAAGUCAAACGAAACUAUCAGAACCAGCUCCUCGAAUGCCUGCCGGACGCUACGGUGUCGGAUAUAAACGCCACGGAAAAUAUAUCCAAAGCGCUACUCGAAACCGGAAUGUCUGUUUGCGGUACAACCCAACCAAACUCGUACAAACAUUGGAUUUCUGAUACGACCGUGUCUUUGCUGGAGACCCGAUAA